AUGCCUGCCGAGAUACAACUUCAGAGUGUAUCAUGGGCCUCACCACCGAUAUCGCCGGUGGAUUUUCGAGAUGCCCUAGUGGUUCAUCAUGGUGCAACGCAAGCACUUUUGUCUGCUGAUUCGAGGUUUCUAGCAAGGCGUAAUUUUGGCAGCUUAACGCGAGAAGGCCGUGCCUUGAAGGCGAGGCGUGAUGAGGGGUGUCCCAGCCCUCCGAACAGCGCCAAAGGAGAGAUACAGAGAAGAGUUAAAGUGCAACAAAUUAAAAAAACAACCAUGAAAAAUUGUUCAAUAUCUACGUGCAAAGAAGCGUCUAAACAAAACAACAGUGUAAGGCAGCCAAAUCCUCGCUCGGUUGCCCUUGUCUGCCAGGGGUCCUGCCAGGUGUAUCGGCAGUCCGUGGGAGGUGCCUCACGGGACCCCCCUACCAUUUUAACACCUCUUUCUACCGUUGACAAGGAAGCAAGCUCCAUAAUGAAGUGCGUUGCUGGAAGGGGGAGUCUAAUAUACCUGGCCGCCAUUGCCCAUCUGGCACUGCUCCCAUGCCUACCAGCAGUAAGCGCAGAGGGAAACAAACCCGAGGUGCACGUCUCGGUGGAUCCUACAUCGUCAGACGAGGCCUCCCAAGCAACGCAAGGGAGUAUCCUCGACAACUCCGUGAGCAUCGAAGAAGACGACGAAUCCGAGUUCGAGGAGGCUCCCGAUGACAUACCCAUCCCCAGUGCCUUUGAGCGACUUCCUGAACAUGGGGGGCCUAUGACGGCUGCUACCCUCCAAAAGCAGCCAGCGAAUGAACAAAUUGCCUCCGCUGCAGCAUCCAUGCAGGGCCCUCCUGCGACUGAGCACUGGGUGCUCAGCCUUUGGCACCUCAUGCUUUCUUACCGAGUCGUGGACUGCGCCGCCCUUCUGACGCUUAUCCUCGUGAUCGUUGUAGCCUUCAAAGGCAAGGCGGAAAACAAGCGUAUUGCUGCGCAGUGGCUUCAAAGCGUUAAGGAACUCCUUGAAAAUCAAUUUGCAUCCGUAGCGGAAGCAAACAAUGGCGCUCUCUCUGCACGCUCCUACAACGAGUUUGAGCUCUUCUGCUCUGGACGGCGCAACUGCAUGUUUAUGCAUGCCACGCUGCAAUGCAUCUCCCGCCAAGACCUGUGGAAGGGCCACGUUUUCCGCCGCUUCUUGAAUUGUGUGGGAGACGAAGUGACACUGGAAUUCUUGUUGCCUGAGUGCGGAGAGGGAAUGAUCUUCGGCAUCUGCAGGCGGCUGGAGCAACGCAAGUUUGUUGAAGCUCUAUGGGAUGUCACAGAGUUUUGUAAGAGCCGUCAAUCGGCUAACCUGCUCAGCCAAGUGCCCGAGGGCUUUUCCGUGAUUUCGGAUACACAGGAGGCGGCAGAGAAAAUUCUGGAUAUUCCAGGACUGCAGAAGCUACUGCAGCAGCUCGCGCCGUACUUAAGGUGUAUAUACACCUCAGACCUGUGCACGAACACGCCCCCAGCGCUCAGUGCCACCAUCGCCGCCGUCUAUGGCACUGCCGCCGCAGGCGCCAACAAGCCCAAGCGGGUUCUCCGGCUGAAUUACAUCUUGCCCGAGAAAGAUGAGGAGUUUGAUGCGAGACUGCCAGUGGCUGUCGCUUGCAAGCUGGUAGAUGCCUUGGCAUCUCUCCGCCUCAGUGACGCGUGCCGCGAGUCCGUCAGAAAAAUGCGUCUGACAUACGAAAAGGAACGGGAGAAGACUCGAAGAAAAGAGCAACAAGAGGAAGCCGAGAGGCGACGCCAGGAGCGUAAGAGGGAAGAGGAGAAGGCAAUCGAGAAGCUGCCUGAAGAGCAAAGACGGAAGGCUCAAGAAGCACAGGCCAAGAAGGCGGCGCGCGAGCAGAGGCGCGAGCAGAGGCAGGGCGUGAAGGUGAGCGUGGAUUGGGUGGGCAGAAAGAAGGCUUGA